GCGGUCUUUAUUGAGCCUUUUGACAUAGUCACUUUGGACGCGGCCCUAUCGCAUGCGCUUGACAGCUGAAGCGCUGAACUGCAGGCUCGCCCGGAGCCCUUUCGAGUCGGACUUUCGACCGCCACGGUCCACAUUUUCGGACGGUGUAACAGCGAAGAACUUGGGGCAGCCUUGGUUCCCGUCCAUUCAUUCCUUUCUCAAUAUCGGGACUUGUACAAAUGUCUCUCACACACUUAUUCACUGACAGCAUUGACAAUUGACACGAUCUAGACUCUUGGACUCUUAUUCAAACACUGCUGCACCCAUCUUCCCCACACACUCCGUACCUCUGGCAGAAACACCCAUAAUCGUUCCAAGGGCAGGGAUGCAGCCGUCAGCUGAUGAUAUCCGCCUCAGGGACUCUCAAUACGAUGUCGUUGCAUAUCUGAGUGUAUCACUCUGUGUUACGAUGAUCAUUACGGCCGCCCUCCUGUCUAUCCAUCCACUGUCUAAGCAAAAGACAGACCGAGUUAGUUUCCGGAUAAUGAUAUACGCAUUAUGUGGAACCGUUGUAUAUCUCGUAACUUCAAUUAUAGUAAAUCGCGUCCCAGGACAAACGACCUGUCGUGUCGGGGGAUCGCUCGUGGUAUUCGGUUUGCACGUAUCAACUUUUUUGUUUUUCUGUAUCGGGCUCAAUCUUCAAUUGGUUAUGAUACACGGAAUCGACGGGACGAAGGCGGAAAAAUACUACGUCGGAGGGAGCUUAUCGUUGGCAAUAUCAUUGGCCAUCAUGACUUACCUAUCCAAGCAAUUGGUUUAUAACCCUGUUCAGAAAGAGUGUUAUUACUACGAUCCUGACCCGGUCAGAGGUCUUUGGUGGCGAGUGGCCAUCUGGCUUGCAUGGAGCUUCCUAGCUAUGGCCGGAGAGCUCAUCACAUUUACCUCAGUUGUCAUAUACAUGGCUCGUGUCAGAGUUCGUUUUGAUACCGAAACACUCGGUUUUUCCCAUGUUCUGAAUGAUGAUUUCCCCCAGGCCUUCGAAUCGGGUCCUCACAGGGAAACUGGCUCCAAAAGUCAUUCAAGGCUUUCAGCGUCACACCAGUAUCGGAAACCUUUGGGACCUAGGGGAUACUGGAACGUCGUGCUGCGUAUUGCACUCUAUCCCCUCUCGUCGUUAGCUACAACGGGAGUAAUCGCAAUCACAACCGUCUACGUCCCACGAAAAGGUUUAGAAUGGAGCGUUGCGAGCGCCCUUCUCAUUGUUUACGUGGCUCGCGGCGCCAUUUAUGCACUUGUCGCUGCCGCUGAUCCGGCUAUCACUCAAGGCUUGAGAGUGUUAUACAAACACCAUAUACGGCGACAGACAUCGGCGCACUCAAAGGGUGCUGAAAUCGUCAACGUUUGUUCUGCUGUUAGUCACAAAUCAGGCAGCGCCGCUAUCGAGCUGGAAGCAUGCACUCGUUCAAAUAACGACAGUUCACGUCCGCCGUGCUUCCACCAAUCUAGGGGCAGCGUCGCCCUACCAUCACUACCGAAACCAGCUGUGCUACCGCUAGGGGACAUUCAACUGGAUAUUAGCUCGAAUCAUCCGUUAAUAAACGCGAACAGUGGAACCCAGAUCGAUGACCACGUUUAUUAUUCGUACCCGCAGCUGAGAUAUUUGUAAAAAGUAACUGGUUUCGGGGGAGCAAGUCAGAAGGCCCAAUUUGUAUCAAGUCUAUCAUCAUGAUGUAUAAGAGAGUCUGCUAGUCGCAGAUAUACACGUUUUCACUCUCGAACUUCAUCUGUCCUACGAAAUUUACUGUUCCGU